AUGGAGCUUCCGUUGACCUCGGCCCUGCUCCUGCUCCUGCCUCUGCUCUGCUUCCUCUGGCUACGCCGGGAGACCAGGAGGCAGACUCGCCCCGACGGCCUCAAGGCCUACCCCAUCAUCGGCACGCUCCCCCACUUCGUCAAGAACCAGCACCGCCUCAUCGAGUGGUCGGCCGGCGUCCUCGCGCGCUGCCCCACCCACACCAUGACCUUCAACUUCCGGGGCCUCGGCCUCGGGGCCGGCGUCAUGACGGCCAACCCGGCCAACGUCGAGCACGUCGCCAAGACCAACUUCCAGAACUACCCCAAGGGCGAGUUCGUGGUGUCCGUCAUCGAGGACCUGCUCGGCCGCGGCAUCUUCAACUCCGACGGCGACCAGUGGCUCCGGCAGCGCAAGGCCGCCAGCUACGAGUUCAACACGCGGUCGCUGAGGAGCUUCGUGGUCAGCGCCGUCAGCUCCGAGGUCGUCGACCGGCUGCUGCCGCUGCUGGAGCGCGCGGGGCGCGACGGGCGGACGCUGGACGUGCAGGACGUGCUGGAGCGCUUCGCGUUCGACACCAUCUGCUGCGUCGUCUUCGACGAGGACCCGGCGUGCCUCCCCGAGGAGGAGGAGGAGGAGGACGGACCGGGGGCGGACGGGGACGGGCGUGCCGAGUUCAUGCGCGCCCUGACCGACGCGCAGAACAUCGUCAUGGCCCGGUUCAUGUCGCCGGUCAAGUGGGCGUGGCGGCUCCAGAGGCUGCUCAACGUGGGGCCGGAGAGGCGGAUGCGCGACGCGGUCGCCACCAUCCACGGCUACAUCGACAGGGCCGUCCGCGAGCGCGGCGAGAGGGGGGCGGCCCGCAAGGACGACUUCCUUUCGCGCUUCGCGUCGAGCGGCGAGCACAGCGACGAGGGCCUCCGCGACGCGGUCACCAACUUCAUCGUCGCCGGGCGGGACACGACGUCGUCGGCGCUCAGCUGGUUCUUCUGGCUGCUGUCCGGGCGGCCCGACGUGGAGGGCAAGAUCGUGCGCGAGAUCCGCGCGGCGCGCGCGUCGAGUGGGAAUGGGGAUGCGGCGUUGGGCUACGAGGAGCUGCGCUCGAUGCAGUACCUGCACGCGGCGAUCACGGAGUCGAUGCGGCUGUACCCGCCGGUGGCCAUGGACACGCACUGCUGCCGGCGCGAGGAUGUCCUGCCGGACGGCACGCUCGUCGGCAAAGGGUGGCAGGUCACCUACAGCGCGUACGCCAUGGCGCGGCUGGAGGAGCUGUGGGGCGCGGACUGCGCGGAGUUCCAGCCGGAGCGGUGGCUGGACGAGGAGGGGGCGUUCCGGCCGGAGAGCACGGCCAAGUACCCGGUGUUCCACGCGGGGCCGAGGAUGUGCCUCGGCAAGGAGAUGGCCUACAUACAGAUGAAGUCCAUCGUUGCCGGCGUGGUGGAGAGGUUCAGCCUCCGGCACGUCGGCGGCGAGGGGCACCCCCGGCUCGUCAUGUCGCUGACGCUGCGCAUGGGAGGCGGCCUGCCCAUGCAGGUGAAGAAGAGAGCAGAGGGAGCUAGCUAG